AUAAACGAAUUGGUGAGCUGAGCAUGCAAACAGCCGAUAUGCUAUUAGGACGAUGUGUUUCGAAAUUUUCACAGGAUCGAUCAUGAUCAUCGGGAAAGAAAACGAAAGGUACGGACUUUUGUAAGAAAUCAACCAGGCAGGAUGGCAGAUGAUCGUGAAAUAUUGAGAGAGAUUUGGGAAGGCCGUAUUCCGGUUACCUUUGUUUUAGCUGAGGAUGAAUCAUCAACGGAAAAUCCUGAGCCUUGUGUGCUCAUGGUGUCUAGACUGACAUAUAUCACACUCAUAGCUGAGAAAAUUGAGAAGCAUUUCAAGAAGUUUACAGCAAUCGAUGAGCAGGAUGAAGUCUGGUUCGAGUCAAACGGACAGGCACUCAAAUGGCAUUAUCCAGUUGGAGUACUGUUUGAUCUGCACAUGCACGACAAGCCUUUGCCAUGGAGAAUAACUGUCCAUUUUAAGAAUUUCCCGGAGGAUGAAAUACUUCAUUGUAAGAGUAAAGAGGUGAUAGAAGCCCUGUAUAUGUCUAGCGUCAAGGAAGCAGAUGUCCUAAAACACAGAGGUCAAGUAAUGAACAAUCUGCAGCAAAAAGAUCACAAACAACUUUGGACUGGGCUACAAAGUGACAAAUUUGAUCAGUUUUGGACGACGAACAGACGAUUGAUGGAGAGGCUGAACAACGAUCCAUUCAAAUACAUUCCAUUUAGAAUAUAUCAGAGUGACAAGCUGCAUAUUCAGAGAUUAUUCAAACCGGUCAAUGAUGAAGGGGAACCCAGGACGUUGCGUGCUCUACUCAAAGAAACCAUGCCAAACAUCUUUGCAAAUCCAGAUAGCAAAGACCACAAGGUAUUGAUCCACGGUAUCGAGACUCCACGGGAUACGCCCGUUCAAUGGCUUAGUGAACACCUCAGCUACCCGGAUAACUUCCUUCACAUGUGCAUCUUUCCUGCGCAACCAAGCAAUGAACUCUGAUGCUGCGUUCAUACCAGCAAGCUGAGUGGUAGGGAGACUCACAGAGAUUCCUGAUGACAUUGAACAUUGCUGUGUUUACACUGGCAAUUUGAGUAGAAGGGAGAGUCACAGAGAUAAAUUUGGACAUUAAACUUUGUGGUGUUCACACUGGCAAGCUGAUAGGUUGGGAAAAUCAGAUUACCGUGGACAUUGUUGCGUUCACAAUUUCUGGCUGUGUGGGAGAUAGAGACUCGAAGAGACAGUCAUUAGUUUAUACACACAUUCUACCUGUGUCAUUCUCACGUGUCUAUGUGCACUCCUCUCACAACUCAAUACAGACUCGUGAUGCUUCUUUUACAUUCUAAGACUUAACAACACGUCAAAUAUGGAAUGCACCAGUAUAGAAGCUCAUGCAACAGAUACUUAUGAUGCUAUGGACUAUAUUAACUUGAUCAACAAAGAUUUAAUGAUGCUUAGUUCACAUUUACAGGCCAUAUGGUCAAGUCUUGACCGCACCCACUUUAGCUCGUUCAACAGACUCCUGAUGCAUUGGACUUCACCCACUUUAACUUGUUCAGCAAAGACUUCAGAUGCUACCUUCACACUCAUGGAGUAAACAGGUCAAGACUGGAUCACUCACUGAUAAACUUGUUGAAAAAAUACUCGAGAGGCUACUGUCACAUUCACAGACUUUGAUGGUUUGGUCCAGAUUGCACCUAAGUUUAUUAAUUGAUUUGAAGCUCCCAAUGCCAUGUUCACAUUCAAAACUGCAUAGAUUAAAUCUAGACAGCACCCUGUUAAGCUUAUUUUCACCCAUCUUUAAUGCCACAAUGAACAUCUCUUUAGCUGAGACAGGCUUCACCUUUUUGGCCUACCAGUGUAUCCCAGAUGUGAACUCAAAUGCCCCAUUCAUAAAAAUGAAAAUGAAAAUCCACAUUUAAUUGUUCGAAAUAGAAAUCUGAGAAUAGAAAUAUUCUGAAAAUUCAUUUUGCCCAACGGGUAGCAGCAACUCCCAUCUUUUAACAUCUUUUUGGUCUGACGUGGCCGGGGUUUGAACUCCUGAUCUCCCGGUUGUGAGACGGACGCUCUACCAACUGAGCCAAUACUUCCUGAAGUUUUCCCAUGAUAUGUACUUAUACCAUUCUGUACCAAAAAUGACUGAAAAAAAGACCAAAGUGGUAACUAUGUUCUCCAAAUAUGUACCCUCCUUUGUCCAAAGUACAACCAACUCAAUUGGCAUGGCUGGACAAGUAAGCAUCAUAAUUUAUACGCAAAAUUGACCAGCAAUGUGUGUCGUGAGUUCUUAUCAACUGUAAGUUAUAAGCUAUUUCUAUAGGCACUGAAAUUGUGCAACUUGAUUGUUUCUUUGGAAAUUUGUCAUAGAAAUAUCCCAUUUGAUUACAAGGUUUGUUUGUGAAACUGGGCCCAGAUGUCAGAUUGAAUGAAUGUACUAUGGAUAUCGUGUACUUAAUUUUCUUUUUCCUUUAUUCCUCCUUCUCUUAUCACCCUUGUACUUCAUAUUAUUAUUCAAGUUUUCAUUAUCUUUGACUAAACUUCAGGGGAAUUCUUGCAUUAGCGUUGUUCGAAAAACCCACACAUUUAUCUAUGUGCACUCUUUGAAAAUGGUAUUUAGGAGCAGUAGCAUUGGACGUAUAUUCACCUUCUCCAUCGGGAAUUGCAAGGGAUAUAUAUAUAUAUAUAUAACACAUAUUGUAAUAAGAUGUAGAUUUUAACAGUGCAAUGGUUUUUUUAUCAAAUAAAACAAUUGAAGUAUAUAUAUAUAUCUCCUUGAUUUGAUAUAUGAGAAAAUGUUCCAUCAGUCAUUUGUGCUCGGUGGUAUAUCUGAAAUAUCUAAAGGGGGAGGGGAGGGGGGGGGGGGGUGAAUUCUGAUGUGACUUGGGCAACCCUUCUUGAAGGGCAGACAAGAGCUAAAGCCAGGAAACAAAACCCACUUUAAAAGAAAACGUUAUUUGAUGAACCACCAUAUAAAAUGUGGAGCGUUGUGGCCCAGUGGAUAAGUCUCCUGACUUUGAAACAGAGGGUCGUGGGUUCGAAUCCCAGCCAUGGCGUAAUUUCCUUCAGCAAGAAAUUUAUCCACAUUGUGCUGCACUCAACCCAGGUGAGGUGAAUGGGUACCCGGCAGGAUUAAUUCCUUGAAUGCAUGAGCGCUGAAAGGCAGCUCGAGCUAAAGCCGGGGUAAUAAUAAUAAUAACAACGCGCCUCGGAAUAGAAUAUUUAUAGAUAGAUGGCGCUAUAUAAAUGCCUAUUGUUAUUAUUAAAUCAUUACAAAGAGCCCACCUGUGUCAGAAGUUUUUAAAAGAUGAUGCGAUGUAGGUGCUUUUCCUGGCAUCAGGGGUGCAUUUCAUGAAAGGACUUGUAGGAUGUUUAUUCGACAGUUACCAUAGUAACAGUGCCUCAGCCAAUCAAAAUCAAGGAAAGUCGUUCGAUUGCACAACUUGUCGAAAAAAGUUGGUUACUUGUCCCAGAAACAAUUUUUUUUUCUUGAUAUGUAUGUACCAUGGUGAAUACUAUGGUUUUUCAGUUCACUGUAAAAAAAAAUGCAAAGGGAAAAGAAGCAAGAAGUACUUAUUGUAGAUAAAUAUAUAAGACACAAACAUAAAGAACCUUUGAUUGUGGUAUUAAACAAAAUUACAUGCAACAUGCCAUUUUUGUGAUGUUUGAGAAUUGAGACCAAGGUCUUCAAGCAAGAUGUUAUGUUUAUAGUAACCUGCUUAUUAUGUAUCCAGUCACUACAAUAUACGUUGUAUACAACAUAUGUUGCUAGGUCAGGUAUGUAUUAUUGCAUACCUGCUUGACCUCUACCACAUAAAACGGUCCCAUGACAUUUGCUCGGGCGACAAUUGCUCCAAUGGAAAAUCUGUGUGUUAAGCCAAACAUAAAACCUAACCUCCAAAACUAAAUAAACCCUGAUCCUCAUCUUGACAUCAUUCUGAACCAAACACUCUGUUACAAUCCUAACUCUAAACCUACUGUAUAUCCUCUGAGAUAUGAAGACCAGAGCAAAUAUCGCUGGAGCAAACGUCGUGUCAGCUAUGAAACAAUACUCGAAUAUUCCUUCUUAAUAACAUGUAUGUUUACAUUGCACAAUGUACAAAUGUACAAAAAGUUAAGAAACAUGCAAAAUGGAGUUGCUGAUUUGACUUUUUUGCAGAAUAUAUCAUAUCUCAUAUGAUGUGCCUUCACUCAAAUGAUCUCUUAGCCAAUUUUCAUCCAAUUAACUUUGAUUACUACUAGGUUGAAAGGAUGUUUAGUAAACUGGUUCACUGAUACAUCACUUAUAUAUCUUGCACUUGAGGAUGGUGCUGGUUUACUUGCUGUUCUCAAAGUAUGAUCAUGGAGAUACAACUCUGCAGGAUACGAUCACAGUUUAGAUACAAUGUGAAUCGAACUUCAAAUGUCACUUUCUGUGCGAAGUAGGACUUUGUUGGACAAAAUCGUGUAUAUAUAUUUUUGCAUAAAACUAUUAAUGUGUAUUAAACAAUUUUAUAUUAUGAAAGUUAUUAUAUGAAGCUGGAGCAAAGUGGAAAAUUAUAUGACCUGGUUGCAAUUA